CUCGCCUUCCUUGUACUACGUACCAAGAUAUAUCAGUAGCCAAUGAAUGCCAUGUCUUCGGUUCAGCAACAGAUUGAUACAAUGCAGCAGGGGAAUUGUAUGGCCAACUUGCAGGCUGCGGCUAAUGCUAUGGCCAAUUCUCAGCAGCAGAAUAGCAAUGCUAUGGUCAAUAUGUAUCCAGGGAAUGCUGUGGCUGGAAAUGCUGUAAUUGGUCGGCAUCCUUUGAAUGCGAUGUUGAAUAUGCAAAAUCUGAUCAAAGGUGGUCGUAGCAUGUUCAUGUCUCUGGACGACAAUGUGAUGAUGAGGCAAGUAUACGAUACUCACACUCCUGAUGGCCGAGCUAUUAAUGUCAAACCACUGUUCCUUAUUGUGGAGGAUAUUAUGGCCUCCUCUAAUAUGAGUCUCCCCCUUGAUGCUGCCAAUUCACAUGGUUCCCAGAUGGAUGAGAAAACGCACCAAGCUGAUGCUGUCACCAUGCUUGAAACUCUGUCCCGCUUAAUUGAUCUGAUUUCCUGCGAGAUAUCAAUCAAGUGCUUGAGUGGUUCAGACGGACAUGUGAACACAGUGUCUAUACUACAAAUGGUGUCAAAUUACCCAUGGGACGCAAAACUAGGACUAGUUCUAGCAGCAUUUGCUUUUAGCUAUGGAGAAUUCUGGUUGCUUGCUCAGCUUUACUCAUCCAACCAACUUGCAAGAUCAAUGGCCAUACUUAAGCUGGUUCCGCUCAUCAUGGAGCACUCAGGGACUUUUAGACGUCGGUUUGAUGCACUUGACAGUCUCCUCGGUUCUGUCAUGGAUUUGACAAGAGCCAUAAUUGCUUUGGAAGAAUUACCAAGCAUGUAUAUAGCGAAGGAUGUGCCUCCAUUGUCCACAGCCAUGGAAAGUGUUCCUACUGCUGUUUACUGGAGCAUCAGAAGUUUAAUUGCUUGUGCGACUUUCAUUACUUACCUGACUAUCAUGGGCCAUGAGUACAUGUUGACAGAGCUUUCAUGGGAGCUAUCAACAUUGGAUCAGAGGAUCAAGCAGAUUCAUGAGCAUUUCAAGAAGAGCUUAGAUAUCUGCUAUCAACACAUAGAUGAGAAGAUGAGAGCUGCGGCCUAUGAGUCAUUGAGGCAUUUGUUUGACAUGAAUCACGUCGACAAUAUGAAAGUUCUCAGGUCACUGAUUUACCCCAGGGAUGAUAUACAGCCACUCGUUGAAGGUUCUUCAAAGAGAAGGGUUCACCUGGAUGUGCUCAGGAGGAAAAAUGUUUUGCUACUCAUAUCUGGACUAGACAUAUCUGCAGAUGAGCUCUCGAUUCUGGAACAGAUUUAUAGCGAGUCCAGGAUGCAUGGAACAAAAAUGGAAAGCCUUUAUGAGUUAGUCUGGAUUCCGAUUGUGGAUCUUUCUCACGUUCUCAACUACAGAAUGCAAAAGCAUACUAGUACUCUGCCAGAAGAUCACAGCCUGCACUCAAGUAAUUCAAAGACGAUGUCUCAGUUUCCAUCAAAAAACAUGAUGGAUCCUAAAAGCUCUUCUGCCAUAUUUAGGCAGCACUGGACUGACCCUAUGCAGAAGCGUUUUGAUGAGCUUACAUCGACCAUGCCAUGGUACUCUGUGUACCAUCCGUCAAUCAUUGAUCAGGCAGUGGUUAGGUUGGUGAAGGAGCGGUGGCACUUCAGGAGGAGGCCUAUACUGGUGGUGCUAGAUCCUCAAGGAAAGGAACUGAGCCGUAAUUCGCUUCACAUGAUAUGGAUAUGGGGGACUGCAGCAUUUCCUUUCACUAGCUCCAGAGAAGAAAGUCUCUGGAGGGGUGAGACUUGGAGGCUUGAAUUGCUUGUGAGUGGCAUGGAUCCAGUCAUUUACAAUAACUGGGUAAAUGAGGGCAAAUUCAUAAUUCUAUAUGGAGGAGAGGACAUUGAAUGGAUCCGAAGAUUCACAAACACCGCAAGGGCUGUGGCACAAGCUGCAGGAGUCCAACUCGAGAUGGCCUAUGUAGGAAAGAGCACAAAAAGAGAAAUGGUUCGAAAAUCAAUGGCAACCAUCACUGUGGAGAAGCUUAGCUACUGCUGGCAAGACCCCACUAUGAUAUGGUUCUUCUGGGCAAGACUCGAGAGCAUGUUGUUUUCAAAGAUCCAAGUGAAGAAAACAGAUGACCAGCUUGAUCCACUAAUGAAAGAAAUCAAGAAACUGCUGAGUUAUGACAAGAGUGGAAGUUGGGCAUUAUUAUGCAAAGGCUCAGAUAUAGUAGCUAGUGGACAUGCUCAAACAGUUUUAAGCGCUUUCAGCGAAUACGAUUCCUGGAAAGAAAAUGUUCCACUUAGAGGCUUUGAUGUGGCCUUUAAGGAAUACCAUGACAAGCUUCAUGUUGCUAACAUGCCGUGUUGCAGAUUCGAGUUCUUGACAACUGCAGGAAGAAUUCCUGAUGCAAUGACAUGCCCGGAAUGCCUUGGCCAUAUGGAGAAGUAUAGCACUUUCCUCUGUUGCCAUGAUGUGAAUGCUCUAUUACUACCUUAUUGAAGCAACAAGGUUCGAGUGCAUGGCUACAUACUGAUAAAAAAACAGAGACCAUAAUAUGUGAUAUGGUUUAUUUUCCUCAAUUUUUGUUUUGUGUGUUUGUUUGUGGCAGUACUAGUCUGUUCUACUGUCUGGAGUGUGACAUAGAUUGUGGAGCUUUGUUACUGUGUGUUGCUUCUGAGAAGCAAGAAUAAUGUGAUAAUACAGUAUUUAUAGGAGACAUAAAUAAACAAAGGCUUUUUGUUGUGAUAAUUUUAUUUUUGUAGUUCAAGAGCAGCCAUCUCUACCACGGUGGUUUAUCUGCUUUUGUGCACGAAUAAACUGUUGCAUGCUCCCUCCGCGUAAUUUAAUUCUA